AUGGAAACAAUAAACAAAACAGCCAGGAUCCAAUUCUUCUUUCGUCCAUUCUCACCUGACCCUGGGGUGCAAAUAGUGAUUUUUGUGGCCUUCUUAGUGAUGUACCUGACCAGCCUCAGUGGAAAUGCCACAAUUGCUGUGAUUGUCCAUAUUAACCACUCACUCCACACCCCCAUGUACUUUUUCCUAGCUAACUUAGCAGUUCUGGAAAUCUUCUAUACAUCAUCCAUUGCACCACUGGCCCUGGUAAAUCUUCUCUCUAUGGGCAAAACACCUGUUUCCAUCACUGGCUGUGGCACCCAGAUGUUUUUCUUUGUCUUCUUGGGUGGAGCUGACUGUGUCCUGCUUGCAGUCAUGGCUUACGACAGAUUUGUCGCAAUCUGCUAUCCUCUGAGAUAUACACUCAUCAUGAGCUGGUCCUUGUGUGUGGAGAUGAUGGUGGGAUCCUUGGUGCUGGGAUUUCUGUUGUCAUUGCCACUGACUAUUUUAAUCUUCCAUCUCCCGUUCUGCCAUAACAAUGAGAUCUACCACUUCUACUGCGACAUGCCUGCUGUCAUGCGCCUGGCGUGUGCAGACACACACGUUCACAGGACUGCCCUGUAUAUCAUCAGCUUCAUCGUCCUAAGCAUCCCCCUAUCUCUGAUCUCUGUCUCCUAUGUCUUCAUCAUCACAGCCAUUUUACGGAUCCGGUCUGCCGAAGGGCGCCAUCGCGCUUUCUCUACCUGUUCUUCUCACAUCAUAGUGGUCCUCCUGCAGUAUGGCUGUACCAGUUUUAUAUAUUUGUCCCCCAGGUCCAGCUACUCUCCUGAGAUGGGCAGAAUGGUGUCUGUGGUCUACACUUUUAUCACGCCCAUUUUAAACCCUUUGAUCUACAGUAUGAGGAACAAGGAACUGAAAGACGCUCUGAGGAAGGCACUGAGAAAGUUCUAG